GUUCAGCCCAUUAAUAGUGAAGGUACCCAAAUCCAAACCCGUGUGUACGAUCGAUCGGAUGAACACGAUGGCGGCGAGAGCGAUUCGAUGUCCUCGCCUCACCAGAUUUUCCCUCCACGCUCCGAAAUCUGUAGAGGUGGAAUUUGACAAUGGCAACAUAUAUAAUCUAUCAGCUGAAUACUUGCGAGCAUAUAGUCCGGCAGUUGACAGUAAGAUCAGAUCAAUUGGUGGUGAAAGGGUUAUAUCUGGAAGGCGCUAUGUGGGAAUCAUGUCUGCAGAACCUAUAGGAAACUAUGGCGUCAGAUUGCUGUUUGAUGACUUGCACAAAACGGGGAUAUUCACAUGGGAUUACUUUUAUCAUCUCGGUAGCAAUAAGUUUUCUCUAAUGAGAAGUUACAUUGGAACUCUAAAGAAACACGGACUUAGUCGGGAUCCACCAAGAAGGAAGUGAUGUUCAAGAAUUAUGGCUACAGGAUGGAAAUGCGAGCAAUAUGCAUGGACUCCCUGCAUGCUCUCAACACAUUACGGUUCACAGUAUACAUGGAAGACUAGGAUGGACUGAGAUUUUUUGUUAUAAGCUUGUCGUAAUAUACCACAUAGGAUAUGCUUGUUGCUUCAGGGGGCUGAUUGAUAUGAUCAUACAUUGCCACAUAUUAUUUUGAAGAAAUUGAUUUUUUACAAAUGUUCCUUUGAGAGGAAUCUAUUGCUUCUUCCAGCAGUUCUGGUGUGGAUAGUGGUGGAUACAUCCUGCCUGUGGAAACCAAAAAAGAUUUCUGCUCUAAAUGGAAGACAGAAGAUCAAAAUUGAGCCUAUAUUUGUUCACCAUGCUUUAAAAGUUUUUUCCCAAGGUCAGUUGAGGAACAGCAAUUAGUUCACUAAUGGAACAGUGGUCCAAUCCUUUUGAGACCCUUCUUUUAUUUCUAGAAGGAGGAAGAAACAGUUUCGCGGGAAUGCCAAGACUUGAUCUCCACGCUACCGAAAGAAAAGGGAUGGCUCACUUCUCAUCUAUAUAAGUAUCAGGGGUUUUGGUACACUGCUAGGUAUCUCCAGGGGACCAUUUACUGUCAG